GGCGCUCUACCGCACUUCAAAGACCUAGAUUGUUAUGGUACAGGUACUGUACAGGUACAACACCGGUUCACUUGGGAACCGUUUGGUACGGAUUGGUUGAUCGCUGGCCGGCUAUGGUGGUCUUGGAUGGAUAUCGUUUCCAAGCGUUUUGCUUUCUUUUUCCGGACAUUAAGAUCACGAUAUUCCCCACAUUCUUCCCCGCGCUGUUGAUCCUAUUCCUAUCAGCCCCCCUAUUUCUUUUAUCCUUUCAACAUUUUUAUCCCCCUCCAUCACCACAACCCAGGAUUGUUCUCCACAAUUUGCUCCCCUCUUUCUUCCCCAUGGCAGACAACACGGAACCACAGAAUUGCAUCAAGAGACUUAAAACCGCUCGAGCAUGCGAUCAAUGCAGGAGUGGUCGCUCACGGUAAACCCUGCUCUCCUUUCCUCCGUCGACCCCACCAUUCCCCUGUGGAUCUUCUGGUGCAGGAAGCAGGAAAAAAAAGGUGUCAUUUCUUCAUCCGUCGGGCCAGCCCGUACCCCAAGCUAACCCUGCUCUUGUUAAGCUGCGAUAUUGAAACCCCACAUGCCAGCAAGCGCGAGGGCAACAAUUGCGCGAGGUGCGAGAGACUUAAGCUCGAGUGCACCUUUAUGCUACCUAUCGGGGAGACCAGAGGGAGGAGGGCUACCGCUCAGAAGUAUUAUCACUCCUCACCGAUUUCCCCAAACGGCCCCGUGGCGGCUAACUGCGUUUUCUAGACAGGGUUUAAACCCGCACACCCGACACUCCCCCAGUACGGAAUCUGGGUAAGUAAAUCCGGCAGCCCACCUAGCGGGUAGGUCCGCUCCGACCCAAUUCCGGAUCUGACGGUUUAGUACGAUAGGACAUUCGCUACUCUAUCUACCGUCGAUCCAUGCCCCGACCCAACGGAAAGGUACGGCAAUACCUUUACCCUCUUCCUCACUCCCCCCCCCCCGUAAUCAGGGUUAGGGUUGUGACUAACCUUAAAUUAGGUUCAAAGCAUUUCUAGUCAAAUACCUUCCGAUAAUAACUCCGAAGGACCUAUCUCAUGAUUCUCCAAUUCUCCUCGGUCUCUGUGCUCGGCUGCUUACAGUGCUAUGUUCCGAGUCGAGCACGGAUCCCGCGGUCGAUGAGCUGAGGACACCUUUGGAGGCGUACAUGCUCACCAAGAGCCCGUUCAAAAACCCCGCAUUACAGAACGUGCAGGCGUUAAUGCUCCUAGCGUUACUGGUUGAUGAGAAGAGCUACGGGUUGAAAUUCACUACGGUACGUUUCUCAGGAAAGGAGGACACGGAAAGAGAGGAGAGGAUAGGCGUAUUGAUAAGUUAGGCUGUACGAAUGGCAUGUUCUCUGGGAUGGAAUUUACAACCCGGCGAUGCAGAGGAGGGGAGCGGGUCAGCUUAUGAGAGGAAUUUGUGGUGGGCGUUGGUGAUUCAAGAUAUUUGGUCCCUCCCUAACUCCCAUCACCUCGGACAUUGCAAGCUAAUAGACACGCAGGUUAUAUUUGUACUCCGGCCUCCCUAUGCUCAUCAACUACAAAGACUUUGCCGUGCCAAGGCUGGCAGAAACAGCGCCUCCAAUCUUCGCACACCUGCUUACACUGUCUGAGAUUCUCCGCUCAAUAAUCCGCCCGACAUCGCUGGCAGAGUCAACUCCCCAUUUAGCGCCAACGCCAUACCAGGCACUACAAGUUUGGGAAUCCUCACUCCCGCGUAUAGAGACACGAAUUAACACCCCUACCUCUCCGGCAGUGACUGUGUCCGAAAAGUUCAUGUCGCCAGAGUCUGUGGUGCAACUCCUCCACACAACUAUACUAGCGCUCUUGAUACUGGAUAACAGUAACGAGGUUGUCAACACCAAUCCGGAGGUUAGGCUCUCGCGUGUAUUGGGCUUGCAUGUGGAGUUCCCAAACGUGUUCCGUAGGUUUGGAGUGCUGGGAAGGUGCGCGGCUAUUUGUGCGCUGGCUAUGGUAAGAUUAGGAAGAGGUGUAGAGUUGGAAGAGUGGAAAAGAGUUGUUGGAGAGGGGGUUUGGAGAAAGGUAGUGGAGAAGGAGCAGAGUGGGGGUGGGUGGAAAGUGGUUUGGGAGAUUUGCGAGUAGGUGGUGUUCCUUAGGUAAUUUCCUUUUUUAAAUUUUUAUGGGGAUAUAACAUUAUUAUGGUGAUACCAAGGUUUAGGUUAUUAUCCCGACCAGACGUUCUUUGUAAGGGUUGAUUCGUACUAGCUAUGUCGUGUAUACAGUCGCCAGUCGUCGUCGCCAUGUUCUUAGGAGAUGUAGGUGGGGUGUGUGGCCUAGCUGGUUGAAGAGCAUGCUUAGUUGGGUAGCCCGGUUACCCCCUAAUGCCUACUUACACUUUU